AUGGCGGAGGCGGGUAAGCGUGCCUCAUCCAUCAGCCGCGCCAUCGCUGCGAUCUCCUGCGCUCACGAACUCAAGCGGGUGGAGCGGAACCCCUGCCGUGAUGAUCUGGUGAAGCGUGCGCUCAAGGGGAUGCGUCGCCGCAUCGGAACGGCUCAGGAGAAGAAAGCCCCGGCCACAGCUUCACGGGUCGCUGUCAUGCUCGAAACCCUGCCGGACACAUUGAAGGGCAAGAGAGACCGCGCCCUGCUUUCCUCGGCUUCGCUGGCGCGUUCCGCCGCUCUGAACUGGUGGCGCUGGAUGGCGGGGCAGGUCAUCGGCAUUGUGGACGGCCUGCAGCUCCGCCCUCUGGCGGCUGUAGCAGAAUGGGUCCGCGCUGCCGGUAUCACGUCCGGCCCGAUCUUCCGCUCUGUGGACCGGCACGGCAACGUCGGCGCGGAGGCAAUGUGUGACAGACAGGUCGCCCGGCUGGUGAAGGACGCGGCGGAAGCUGCUGGCCUCGACCCGGAAACCUUCUCAGGUCAUAGCCUACGGGCUGGCUUCAUCACCUCCGCCGCUGCCAGCGGGUGUGACGCCCUCCGCAUUGCGGAAACCUCACGGCACAAGAACAUGGACAUUCUGCGCGGCUACGUCCGCACGGAGAACCUGACCAAGAACUACGCGGGCGCGGCGUUUAUGUGA